CUCACCAUUCCAACCUGCACUGCGCUGCACUCGGGACGGAGGGUGAGCAGACGGUUCGGUUCGUGGAGGCAAAAGCAUAUCAGUACUGUCUGACCUUUGAUUUCUACACAGCCACAUCCAUAUUCUUGCAUUUCUUAAUCUGUCUUGCUCACCAGCCGAAUUACAAGUAGUCUGAGCAAGAAGAUCCUCCAGAGCUGCGUCAGCAGAAAAUAGCAAUGGCAUCGGAGAUCCUGGUAAACCUGUAUGAAGAAGUCACCUGUCCCAUCUGCCUGGAGCUCUUGACGGAACCUCUGAGCCUCGAGUGUGGCCACAGCUUCUGCCAAGCCUGCCUCACCAUGAACAGCCAGAAGUCUACAAUCAGCUCAGAGGACGAGAACAGCUGUCCUAUGUGCCGAAGCAGAUACCAGCCUAACAACCUACGUCCUAAUCGACAUCUGGCCAACAUAGUAGCAAGAUUCAGGGAGGUCAAGGAGCACACGGAGGAGGGGCAGAAACAUGUCUGUGAGCGUCAUGGAGAGAAACUCCUACUCUUCUGUUCAAAUGAUGGAGUGGUUAUAUGCUGGCUUUGUGAACGGUCUCAGGAACACAAAGGGCACAAAACACUGCUUGUCGAGGAGGUUGCCCAGGACUACAAGGUGGAACUCGAGGAGGCUCUGGCAAGGCUGAAGAAGGAGCAAGAGAAAGCUGAGGAUUUGAAAAAUGACAUUAGAGAAGAGAAGGCUUGCUUGAAGAGUCAGAUACAGACUGAAAUAACUACUGUCCAAAAGGAAUUUAAUCGCCUGAGAGUUAUCUUGGACAGUGAGGAGCAGAAGGAGCUACAAAAGCUGCAGAAAGAGGAGGAGGAUUGUCUGCAGAAACUAGAUAAGGGUGAGCAGGAACUGGUCCAGCAGAGCCAGUUGGUGGGAAACCUCAUUUCAGAUAUGGAGCGUCGACUGGAAGCAUCAACAGUAGAGAUGCUGCAGGAUGUAAAUGGCAUUAUGCAAAGGAGUAUAAACUUGAACAUGAGGAGGUCAAAACCUUCUCCCAAGAAACGAAGGGGUGUAUUCAAAGCUCCAGAUCUGAGUGGGAUGUUUCAAAGUUUUAGAGAGCUGACAGAUGUGCAAUGCUACUGGGUAAACAUGACACUGGAACGAAUAAGGCCUCACUCAGGUAUUGCCAUUUCUGAGAAUGGAAUACAAGCAAGACUUACACAAACAGUAUUUGUUCAACCUGAGAAUAUCAAUAAUGUUUUCAGGACAUCUAUAAGAACCAAGACAGGUCAGCAAACUGCUUCAAGUGGAUUACCAGGAGGACGAUUGAUCAUUGAAGACUUAAGUUGUAAUAUCAACAAUGAUUAUGCUCUCAGAGGCUCUCUGAAUAUCAACUCGGGAAAACAUUACUGGGAAGUGGAUCUAAGUAGGAAAACUGCAUGGGCCUUGGGGGUAUACUAUGUCAAAAAUCCUGAUGUCAAGAUGCAAAACUUUGAUGUUAAUCAAUUUGAAGAUUGUUGGUUUCAACGUAGACAUCAGUCUCAACAUGGCUACUGGGGUAUAAGGCUUAGUAAUCCAUCUAAGUAUAUUGUUUUUGAGAACUCUUAUCACCGUAAUCCCUGGCAUUCAAUUCUAUGUCUAAAUGUUCCUCCCUGUCGUGUUGGAGUUUUUCUAGACUAUGAACGGGGCACAAUCUCAUUUUUCAAUGUCUCAAACCAUGGGUUCCUCAUCUACAAAUUCUCUAAUCUUAGCUUCUCUCAGAUUGUUUGUCCUUACUUCAAUCUAAUGAAUUGUGCAGUUCCCAUGUCCCUCUGCUCACCAGGCUCCUGAAUAAUUUUACACCCUCUUUCCCUGUGCUCAUUUCCUACAACAGAAUCCUCUGCCACCAUUCUGAUGUUCUUGGCCUUUCCCUUUUUCAUUGUCAAGUGUCCUUGCCUCAUCCACAGAAUGUACAAAGCAAACAUUGUGCAAAUGUACAGCCACAGAAUGUACAAAGCAAAAAAUAUUGUGCAAAAACACUCAAAAAAACCAUAACUUCUCUGUUUGGGAGCAGAUCCUGAAACUUUUUCUUUCUUAUUUAUAAACAAAAAUGACAAAUUCUUCUAAAAGUAAGAAUAGGAUUGAGUUAUUACCUCCACCAACUCUUUCUGCCCUCAUUUUCCAUGUCACUGAGAGAAGGCAAAGCUUGUCAAUAAAUCAUAGACUGUUUGUAGGGAUUAUUCCCUAAAUGAUGAGUCCUAGGGAUGUUAGUGGAGAAAAAAGCACAAAUAAUAUAUGUAGCAGAAGUGUAAGUUUUGUGACCAGAAUCAAUUUAAAUGGUCUCUCUCUAUACUAGCUCUGAAACUUUGAGUAAGAUGCUUAAGUGGCUGGACUUAUUUUCUAAAAAUCAUUUGGUGAGAAAAGCUGUAUUUAAUGCUUAAAAAAAUCAAUGUAAAAAUGUCAAUAUUAGUAGUAGAGAAAACCCGUUUGUAUCAGCUUAAUAAUAAAUAUGUUUCUGCUUA